AAAAAAAAAAAGAAGCGCUGCGCCAGAACAGAAACGUCACCAGCGCCUCCAACAGUCAUCAUGGCUCCCGUAUCCGCUGAUCCCGCUGGCGAUAUCGCCCUGGAAAUUCUCCAGGCGCUGGCCAACACCGACCAGAUUCUCUCGACCGAGGCGUUCCCCAAUGUGCCCUUCGACACGGCCAAGGCUGCCCUGGACCGUCUCUCGUCGCGGUCCAUGGUCGUUUACGAGCAGAUUGAGCGGCAGGAGGCGAUUCUUGAGGCCGAGGCCGAGGAGAUUGUCCAGCACGGAAGCCACGAGGCGCGAGUUUUCGAAGCGGUGCACAAGGCUCUAGGCGGCCUCUCAAUUUCGGAUCUGGAGACGGCAAUCGGCGACAAGAACGUGACCAAGGUUGGCCAGGGCAAGGCCUUUAGGGAGAAGUGGAUUAAGAAGGAGGACAACAAGCUUGUUGCGCUGGUCGACACCAUCGAGGACGUGACGAGAGCCCAGCUCCAGUUUAUCAAGGAGACGAAAUCACACGAUGCCAAAAUCAUUGCCGAUCUGAAGAAGCGAAAGCUGCUCAACACCCAGAAAGUCAUUUCCUUCAAGGUGUCCAAGGGACCUAAGUUUGCGCUGGAGAUUGUCAAGGAGGAGACUGAUUUGACGGCCGACAUGCUGGCGUCUGGAUCGUGGAAGUCGGCAAACUUUAAGCCGUACAACUUCAAGGCCUUGGGCGCGCACCAGGUCUCUGGAGCUCUCCACCCCCUCAACAAGAUGCGACACGAAUUCCGACAAAUCUUCUUCGAGACUGGCUUCACCGAGAUGCCUACCAACCAGUACAUCGAGUCCGGCUUCUGGAACUUCGAUGCCCUCUUCGUCCCACAGCAACACCCUGCUCGUGAUCUUCAAGACACCUUCUACAUCUCCGACCCCCAGACUGCUGGCCGGCCUGGUCCCGUCUCUGCGGACGACAGACAGAACUACGAUGAGUACUUUGAGAACGUGAAGCAGGUGCACGAGAACGGAAAGUACGGCUCAAUUGGCUACCGAUACCCCUGGGCUGAGAAAGAGUCAUUAAGACUCGUCCUCCGCACUCACACAACCUCUGUCUCCGCUGCUAUGCUGCAUAAGCUGGCAGCGAAGAAGGGCCCUGAUGGCCGCGUUCCUCCUGCUCGCUACUUCUCCAUCGACCGAGUUUUCAGAAACGAAGCUGUUGACGCCACACAUCUUUGCGAGUUCCACCAAGUCGAAGGUGUUAUUGCCGAUUACGGCUUGACCCUCGGUGGUCUGAUGGAAUUCUUCGAGACUUUCUUCAAGAAGAUGGGAUUGACUGAUCUCAAAUUCAAGCCAGCUUAUAACCCCUACACAGAGCCUAGCAUGGAGCUUUUCAGCUACCACAAGGGAUUGAAGAAGCUUGUAGAAAUUGGCAACAGUGGCAUGUUCCGACCGGAGAUGUUGGAGGCCAUGGGACUGCCCAAAGACUUGAGAGUGUACGGAUUCGGCCUUAGCUUGGAGAGACCAACUAUGAUCAAAUACGCCAUUCAGAACAUCCGUGAGUUGCUUGGUCACCAAGUGGAUCUGCACUUCAUCGAGAGAAACGCUGCCGUGCGACUGGACAAGGACUAGACGGGUGAAGCAUAUAGAAGGGAGUCGAAUUGCAUAUAAUGAACGGAUGAUCUUUUUAUGAACGGGAAAGAAGAAAAAAGAGAGAUAAAAAGUUUAAGACGGAAAGAAUCGCCAUGUCAGAAAAUGAAGCGGCUGGUAUUCGGCGUGCCUGACGCCAUGUCAAGAUAUCAGAUCAGAUGGCAGAGAAGGUGUAACGACACGGCUGGCUGCAGAAUUGCACGGCCAAAUCUCUAUUUAUCGCACUAGAAUCCGAAUUGCCGAGCAAUAAAAGAUGAAGAGCAAAAAGCUGUCCCUUGUUGCAAGCAUGACCAGUGUGUGUUGUGAUUAUAUCGCUGAUAAUUGGUAGUACAGACUUGGGAAUACAAUUCUAAACAGUGCCCUGCUGAACCUGGG